UGAAGCAGUUGGCAACUACGGAUAAGUGUCAGUUCAGUUUCAUCGCUGCUGUCAAAUGCGGAUGGUGUUUAUGUUUUGUAAAACUAUUUUUGUGAUCGUUUUGCCUAGUUUUUGUUAAUUAUUAUUAUUUUUAUAACUACGCUUUACUUCGUAGUUUUUAACAGUGCAAUAAAAUUGUGAUAUUACCAUUGAAUUUCUUUGAACCAUGUCAGAUGUCAAGAGGUGAAUAAUUUUGUGUUUAGUGUUACUUGUGAGUGACGGUUUUUGAUAUUUUUUCGGAUUGGGACCGAUAGCUGAAAAGGUAAUCAAAAGUGGGAUGCCCGUUGGAGCUUCAAGAACACAGUGCAAAGGAGUGUGAGUGGACCCUGAUGUGGUUGUGUGCGUGAGUGAUACCAAGUGUCAUGUGUCAGUCAUGGCGCGCGCUGGCGCUGCUGGCGGUGCUGGGGUGGAGCGGCGCGGUGCGCGAGACCAUGUACCACAACCAGUUCGCGGUGCACGUGCCCGCCGGGGCGCACCAUGUGGAUGACAUCGCUGCGAGGCACAGGUUCGACAACCACGGACAGAUCGGCUCGCUCAAGGGCUAUUAUCUGUUGUCACAUCACGAGGUCCGCAAGCGCUCGACAGAACCCAGUCAUGACCACCACAAGAAAUUAAAUGAUGAACCACAGGUUCACUGGGUCCAGCAGCAGCGGGAGCGGAGGCGAGUCAAGCGCGACUACUCGCCGUACGAAGGCAUCUGGCCGCGUCGCUUGCAAUCCCACGGCCGGCCUCAGCAUCCCCGCGCGCUCACCUCGGCGGCAUUCUUUCCUGACCCACUGUUCAAGGAGCAAUGGUAUUUGAACGGCGGUGCAAAAGAUGGCUUAGAUAUGAAUGUGUCACCAGCUUGGCAAAAAGGCUACACAGGCAAAGGCGUUGUAGUAUCAAUCUUAGAUGAUGGAAUACAAACAAAUCAUCCUGACCUUGCUCAAAACUAUGAUCCUAACGCAUCCACCGACAUUAACGGCAACGAUGACGAUCCCAUGCCACAAGACAACGGCGACAACAAACACGGCACGAGGUGCGCUGGAGAGGUGGCUGCCGUUGCAUACAACCAGUACUGCGGAGUAGGCAUCGCGUACAACGCCAGCGUAGGCGGCGUAAGGAUGUUGGAUGGCGUAGUCAACGAUGCUGUCGAGGCUAGGGCCCUGGGACUCAACCCGGAUCAUAUUGAUGUAUACAGCGCCUCGUGGGGACCUGAGGAUGACGGCAAGACGGUUGAUGGUCCGGGGCCGUUAGCACGGAGGGCAUUUAUUUACGGAGUCACGAGUGGUCGCAGAGGUAAAGGAUCUAUCUUCGUAUGGGCAUCAGGAAACGGUGGACGACAUACGGAUUCUUGCAACUGUGAUGGUUAUACUAAUAGUAUAUUUACGCUAUCCAUCUCCAGUGCUACUCAAGGAGGAUAUAAACCCUGGUAUUUAGAAGAAUGCUCUUCCACUUUGGCUACAACGUACAGUUCAGGCACUCCAGGCCACGAUAAGAGUGUAGCCACUGUUGAUAUGGAUGGCAGGUUAAGACCUGAUCAUAUUUGUACAGUAGAACACACAGGGACUUCUGCGUCUGCUCCCCUCGCCGCCGGAAUUUGUGCUUUAGCACUAGAAGCUAACCCAGACUUAACUUGGAGAGAUAUGCAAUAUUUAGUAGUUCUAACAUCACGCCCUCAACCUUUAGAAAGAGAAACGGGCUGGAUAGUCAAUGGCGUUAAAAGGAAAGUUAGUCACAAAUUCGGAUAUGGCCUCAUGGAUGCAUCUGAGAUGGUGAAUUUAGCAGAACAAUGGGUGUCAGUUCCUCCUCAACAUAUCUGUAAAUCUCAAGAAAUCAAUGAAGACAAAUCAAUCGAAUCCACUUUUGGCUAUACGUUAUCGGUGCAUAUGGACGUAAAUGGUUGUGGUGGUACUGUCAACGAAGUGCGUUAUCUCGAACAUGUUCAAUGUAAAAUAUCGUUAAGAUUCUUCCCUCGCGGUAAUUUGCGUAUAGUACUUAAAUCCCCUAUGGGUACUGUAUCGACUUUGCUUUUUGAAAGGCCACGUGAUGUAGUGAGCUCCAACUUUGAUGAGUGGCCGUUCCUUAGCGUACACUUCUGGGGUGAACAAGCAGAGGGAAGAUGGACAUUGCAGAUCAUCAACGGUGGCAACAGACACGUUAACCAGGCGGGUAUACUAAAGAAAUGGCAACUUAUAUUUUAUGGAACAAAUAUAGACCCAGUGAGACUACGUAAUAAGAGACCAUUGUCCGGAUCCCCUCCGUUAGCGUUCCCAACUACCGCAGACGGUUACGAAGCCAUCGGGGAUUCUUUUUACAACACUGACGCGUUUGCCAACUAUCAGAACUUUCCGACGCUAUUCGCCGCCGGCUCAGACCCGGAGAAGGCAGUAGCUCGGCUUGACGGACACAACGUCCCUUCACCGCAGGGGGAGAGUGUCCUGGCUGAUAGCAACGACAGGCGCGUCGUGCAUGACUGUGAUCCCGAAUGCGAUUCUCAAGGCUGCUAUGGUAAAGGACCUACUCAAUGCAUUGCUUGUAAGCACUAUCGAUUGGAUGACGCCUGCGUUUCACGGUGUCCCCCUAGGAGCUACGCUAACCAGGGCGGAGUGUGCUGGCAGUGUCACGAAUCUUGUGAGACGUGUGUCGGACCCGGAUUGGACUCUUGUUUGACUUGUGCGCCUGCUCAUUUGCUAGUAGCAGAUUUAGCAGUUUGCUUGCAGCAAUGCCCAGAUGGCUAUUGGGAAGACAGUGACUCUUCGGUUUGUCGUCCGUGUGCUGCUCAUUGCGCGACUUGCUCCGAAAGAGCGGACUCUUGCAAUUCCUGCGAUCACCAUUUGCUACUUCACAGCGGUACAUGCUUGACUUCUUGCCCGCCAUCUUACUAUGAAACCGAUGACUACGGUUGCGCCAAGUGCCAUCCCUCUUGCGAUACUUGCACUGGUCCGGGAGAGUCACAGUGCGUUACAUGUUACGCUUCCCACUACGCAAUAAAUGGACAAUGUAACACUUCAUGCCCUUCUGGAUACUAUGCUGAUAAGAAAAGAAGGGAAUGCGUCAAAUGUCCCGUAGGUUGUUCAACAUGCACAAACGGUUUAUGCCUGGCUUGCGAGCCCAAAUGGGAGCUCAAUAAGAAGGGCAAAUGCGUGCUGCUGGGCGGAGACCAGUGCACGUCGACCGAGUUCAUCGACGACGGACAGUGCAGACAGUGUCAUUCUGCCUGUGACUCGUGCUACGGGGGUGACGAAGAGCAUUGUUUGACGUGCCCGUCACCGAACCUGUUGCAGGAUAACAACAGAUGCGUCACCGACUGCGCUCGGGGCUUCUACUCGGAGGCGGGCCGCUGCGCGCGCUGCACGCACGGCUGCUCCUCGUGCGUGUCGCGGCUUAAUUGCACGGCCUGUGCUGGCGCUCUGCGGCUGCAGUCCGGAUCGUGUCGGGCCACUUGUGCUGACGGGUACUAUGCGGAUCGCGGGACAUGUACAAAAUGCUACCUCUCUUGUCGAACAUGUAUUGGGCCGCGGCGCGACCAGUGCGCGUCGUGCCCCGCGGGCUGGAGGCUUGCGGCCGGCGAGUGUCAUCCUGAAUGUCCACAGGGUUUCUACCAAACUUCGGAUGGCUGCCGUCGCUGCCACCACUACUGCCGCGAGUGCGACGGCUCCGGCCCGCUCCACUGCAAAUCUUGCCCGCCUCGCUUCAUGCUCGACGGCGGGCUGUGCAUGGAGUGUCUCGGCUCGCAGUACUACGACGCGAGCACCGGCAUGUGUAAAGCGUGCGAUACUAGCUGCAGGACUUGCUCCGGCCCGGGACAGUUUAGUUGUACCGCGUGCUCCAGGCCGCUGCGGCUCGACAGGCUAAACAACCAAUGCGUGACGUGCUGCGCGGACCGAGGCACGGCCGCCAACACGACGGCUGUCGACUGCUGUCAUUGUCACCCUGAAACAGGGGAGUGCAUAAACUCAUCGGUGGCGGGCAAGCGACGGAUCGCCGAGUACGGCGCGCUGCGUACGGAGAGCGUGCGCGCGGCGCCCGGCGUCGCUGCGGUCGUGCUCGCCGUGUGCGCUGCCGCCACUGUUCUGUUCCUCACUGUGCUGCUGGUGUUACAGGCUCGUACCAAACGCGAGCUCGUCACCCGCUCCCGAGGCGUCGUAUACUCGCCCCUAGCCUGCACCGACGAAGGCGAGGUUUCCGUGCUGACCACCCGCAGCGCCUGCCCCGUCAAACUCGAGCGCACGCUCGAGCACCACGAGCCCGAGCUCGAGCACGAGCACGAGCCGCUGCUCGAGCAACGCACGUAGCGCGCUGUGAUCAUAGCAGUAAGUUGGGGUACUUCCCACUAGUUCUAUAUCCGUAUUGUGACGUAAUUUUUAACGUUCUUUACUAAUCGGUGCCCUUUAGCGUGUAAUGUCACUUGUCUUUUGCGCGCGGCCCGCGCAUUUACCUAUGAAAUGGGCCACUUUAAUGGUGCCUAUUGACCAAAUGGUACGUAAUUUUUGUCCGAAUAUGAACCCUAUCCCUUAAGAAUUUAGGUUUAUGGAAUGAAGAGGAAGUACCCGUUUGUACACGUGGAUUACUGGUGAAUCCGACGUGGAACAAAAGCGGGAGAGCCCGAUAGUGUAAGUCACAACGUUAGUAAUACGAAUUUGAAUUUGGAUUUUUAUGUAUUGUUGAUAUUUUAGGGCCUAUCGUGUUUUAGAGAAUUGUAUGUGUGGAAUUUGAGUUGUUUCAGACUAGCGUUUUUUUCUAUAAAAUCGUUUCGCGUAUGUUAUGCGCUUAUUACAGCGUGUUCGCUGGAAGAGUCGACAAGUGUCAUAAGCUUUUAAAAGAUAAACGCAAGUCAUACGCGUUUAUAGAAAAUAGUUUAUAACCGCAGAAAAAAAUAUAGUCUGAAAACGCUCUAUACCUCUGAAAGCGCACUGUUAAGCAGCUUUUAAAAUAUCUGAUUGGUUUACAAAUAAUGAAUGCAUAAUUAUAUCCCCUAAAAGUUCUCGACUGGUACUUCAGUGCCGAAUUAGUGUAUAUAUAAUAAUAGCUAGCUAGAUAUGAAUUGUAAUUGAACAAAAUUAAUAUGUGAGGCUCAAGACCCUCUGUUAUACCUACAUCGGUAUUGUGAUAUGGAUUAUCUACCUGUUAUAUUGAUUAGCCUAAUGUUUGCUGUUGCCGUGUUUGUGUACCUAAUACAAGUUUCUCGUGCCUAUCGUGUGUACUGUGCUAUAAACUUUGCGUAAAGCAUGUUUCCUUGACGUGUUUAUAUUCCAUCAGUUCUAUGCAUACUUCGUAGGUAUAUAAAUACUAAAUCGGGAGUCAACUUAAUCAAGUUAAAUUAUCAUACCUUUACACUGUGCUUGGCAAAAUUUUUGUAUUUAGGAUUUAGAAGUGGUUAAAACUAUGUAGAACUACUUCUAAUUAUGUCAUUUUUAGCACUGUUUUAGUUAAGAACCCUUUAUGUUCUUUUGCUACUUAAGUGCACACGUCUUGCCUUUACCGAGCACUGACCUUGAAUUAUCUUUCUGCUUUCAAUAUCUAUUAAUUUACAAACUUAGGGUCGGUUGCACCAAACUGUUUGUCAUCGUUAAAGAGUUCGCUAAAUUUUAUUGUAUGAAAAGUUUCAUAGUAAACCGCCGCGGCGCGCCGGGUGACGUUGAUCAGUCUGUCAAGUGAGGAUGGUGCAACUGGCACUUUGUCUGCCGAUUUUUGCGGGGGAGGGGAACGUCAAAUGUAUACGUAACGAAAAAAUUGCCAUGUCAGAUAAACGUCAGGCCCAUGGAGACUGUAUAAAGGAGCCAAAUCUCUAUGUAUGAAAAGUGUCCAUCAAAAAACAGUAAUUAGGCGGCGCCACCAUACACCGAAAUACUACCAAAAACAACCUACGUAAUUUGGUCGGGUUAUUUGUUGCCUUAUAUGGUUCAUGUUAUACUCAUGUCCCAGAGCCUAACUAGCGCCACCGGAGAGAUUAGGAACUAUUAUUUAAAGCUUAACGCGGUCACUUUUACAACAAUUCUGCCAUAAGAGAUUGCGAUCCUUUCUAUACCAUCCAUAGUCAGGCCAUACAUUGUGUAUGACCAUUGACCGACUAUUUUCGAUAGAGGGGAACGCCUGUUAAUGGCUACUCCGUUUGGUUAUAUCCUCUAAGUUUUGUGAUGAAAUGUGACAUUGUCAAACUUGAAUACAAUGUUGCUAAGUACCCCAGCGUCAAGUCAAGAAUAACCUACAUUUGAAACAGAGAAACUUCGUCUGAUAGCCAACUAAGACAAAGUUUAGUUAGUCACUUUCAAUGUUAUAUCUCUGUGACCUCGCUUUCAAAUUUAUUAGAUACUGGCGCUACAGUUUUAGUGAGUGAUAAUUAUAUUAUCUUAUUUUAAUUGGCAGCAGCAAACAAGUCGGGCGUAACAAGCCAUAGUCGAUGCCAGAUGAUUCGUCAGACGUAAGACGACUCGAGCUCAUUUGUAUACGUCACAAUCGCAUCGCUUCUCAAAUGCCUAAGCUUAAUCACAUACAACUGAACUACGAAAUGCAUGGAUUCUCAAACGUUGGCAGUUGAAUACGAGUACAUAAGGUGCCGUAUCGGCUCUAGUGAAGCUACAUCUGAUACCAAUGAUUGUUCAAUGUUCAAAUUAUUCAACUGUGCAUGUCUAUUAUAGUUCCGUUGUCUGUGGCUUAAUAUACUUUUAUGUAGUACGUAGGACACAAAGUUACCAUAGGUAUUAUUUUAAUGAAAUGUACAAUUUAUCCCGUCAGCCCCUUAUGAAGUUUAUUAGAAAAAAAAAUAUUUCGCUCCCGUAACUUGUUUUCUCUUAGUUGUGAAGUUUAGUUUUAGUAUAGUUAGUAAAAUUAUAAUCGCUUAUUUCGUAAUGCCAUGCUGUGUGGACAUUUAAGCAUUGAUUUUGCAUUAGGGCCCUAAUCCACUUACUGGUUGGUGGCGCCAACGACCGCAGUGAGUGCACCGUGGCGCCAAGCACCCGUGGUAAAAUGCGAUUUUCAAAUAUUCAUGAUAACUUUUGAAACUUCAGACCGAUUUUUGAAAAUGAUAUUUAGUGAGACCAUAAAAUCGUAUAAUUUUUCUGCUUAUAAUUAUUUUGCUCUGUGCAAAAAUGGACAGAUUUACGCUAAAGUCAGCUUGGAUAUGUGAAACACAGUUUAUAUAUCACAAAAUCCUUAUAAUAUUCCAAUUAUCUCGGUGUUUCGCUUACAUAAAAUAACCUUUGAUUUUUUUUGGAUAGUGUUUUUUCAACCUACAUAUUUUUGAAAGAGUAAGGUCACAAAACAUUAUUAAAUGAUAUAGAUUAGGUAGCUUAUCAACUAAACAUGUUUGAAAUCCAAGCAGCGUUUACAUUAUAGAAAUACAUACUAUGUUUUCUUAACUCCUUGAACCAAAUUUUACUUACUUUACGAAGCCAUUCUACUUUGGCCUAUGUAGGAUGGUUGUAUGGGGCAUGUAUGUGAUAUGUGGUCCUAAUAUUUUUAUCAAAAUAUCAUUUUAUUGCUUAUAUAACUUAUCAUGAGGUGGGGUUUAAAAUACAGAUUCUCGGGUCUUUUACACUUGACUUGAGGGAGCCAAACUAAAUUUAACUGUAUAAUAAAAUUAUUUAAACUUUUUUGUUAGAUUUCAAAAGUUAAGAACUUACUUGCUUUUUGUAAACGCUCCUAAUAGAUGCAUGUACACUUUAUAAAAAUACUAUCCAAUGUAUGUAGUAUUUUUACCGUCGCGCGGGGCUUUUUGAAACUAUGACAUUUGUUUAAAGGCCGACUAUUGUAUGGUGACUGUGUUUGCAAUGUUUCAUCUAUAGCGUUGGCUUUAGUGGAUGCUUUUCAUAAAUUCGAAUAGCUUCACGCGGCGCGUCUGAUUGAUUUGUGCAUGUAUUGAUAUUAAGUUUAGAUUUAUUAUCGAAAAUCAUGUCAAACAAUUGUAAUUCAGCCACAUAGGCGGAAUAAUCAAAGAUGUAACGUUACCACUCCCAUUUUAACGACAUGUGUAAAUAACUGUAAUAAUUUUAUUGUUAACCUAUUGAUUAAAUGUGAUUACAAAUGACAGUUUACUGUUGUUAAAGAUUGAUCACACUGUAAUACAUUUUGUGGUGUCAACGACUUUUGGGCUUCGGUAUGAUUUAUCACUUAGUCACAAAACUAUUUAUAUUAAAGGUUCAAGUAUAGCGUUAGUAGCGUUACUACAGUCCGCCAUUUGUUGAAAUGUCUUUAAGAUUUUAUAAAUAUUUUACCUGAGUAUACGUGUGGAUAUAUGGCGUUGUCUUUAAACUCAAAUACAUUGGGCGUCAAUCCAUUAAAUUAAAAUCAAGAGACACUUCAACAACUCACGCUCUGUGUGUAUUUGACUCUCUAUUUUUUUCAAUUUUAUUGCCGGUUUUGAAAUUAUGAAUUAUACAUUUGAAAACAAUUGUACUUGUCUUGGCGAAAUUGUAUCAAUUUAUUUUUAAAUUAAUUUUAAGUAGGUACUUGAAUUAUUAAAUUUAUUAAUCAUUUGAUCUUGACAUCUGACUUAGAGUUUAUUGAAUAUUAGAGCCUACGAUAACUUAUAAUAAGAUUAUUUUACGUUAGUCAAAACUGUAUUACAUAUUUGUCCGAUAAAACAUGGUAUUUAUUACA